AUGUCACUGAUGGAGAAGCUAAAGCGGAUACCCCGCAAAGUAUGGCUGAUACUCCUUCUUAUUUCUACAGUGAUAGUGAUAGUGGCGGUGACGAGUAUAGCUGCCAAGAUGAUGGCCGGAAAGGGACCACCGGUCGUCUCAACCCACUGCGGGAAGGUUAAAGGGAGGAGAGUUGAAUCAGCUGACGGGCUGGAGAUCAGUGAGUUUCUGUACAUUCCUUAUUCAGUUGCUCCUGUUGGGGAGAGACGAUGGAAACACAGCUCCCUGAUGGGGGAUGGGGACUGUUGGGAGGGGGUUCAUCCUGCUGAUAAGGACAAAGAGAUAAAGUGUGUGCAGGCAUCCUACCUUGCCUCCAAAGGACAGGAGGAUUGCUUGUAUUUGUCAGUCAGGACUCCCGACAUUACUUCUAGCCGGCCUGUUAUAGUCUGGAUACAUGGUGGCUCUUUAGCGUACGGUUAUGGAGAGGAUGUUGGCUACUCUGCAGACUCCGACUUCACAGCAAGUGUAGACAGUGUGACUGUCAACAUCAACUACAGGCUAGAUCUGCUGGGGUUCAUCUCCCAUCCAGCCCUAUGGGAGGAUGGCCAGAGUUACGGUAACUUCGGGAUAAACGACGCGCUUAUCGCAUUGCAGUGGGUGCAGAGAAACAUAGCAGCUUUCGGGGGAGAUCCUGAAAGAGUGACUAUCAUGGGAGAAAGUUCGGGUGGAACUAUCGUAUUAGCUCUGGUUACUGCUCCUAAAGCGGAGGGUCUGUUUAAUAGAGCUAUAUCCAUGUCCUCAGCCCCUCUCUGGAAGACUACGUACCAGGACGCACACAAGAGACGUCCUGACUUUUUAGAACACGUUAAUUGUGAUGGGUUACCUUAUAAUACUGAGGUUGUGUCUUGUUUGAAAUCUACCUGAGUUGGAGCUCUUGAUAAAUGCUAGUACGACUGCCAACAGAGGAUGGGGGUUUUACGAUUUUCCCAUGUCAUUGGGAGAGUUGGGAGAAAGUAUGGAUUACAAUGUGAAAGAGCCGUUUUUAUUACCCCAAUUCCCUCAAGACAUUCCUGAUCAGGCAAACAGAAGUGGACGGGUGGAGCUGAUUCUCUCAAAUACUGCGCAAGAAAACGCCUUCUGGUGGAUAUUUUACGAGUCCAAUAUAGUCGAGUCAUGGACGUCAGUGGAGGAACUGU